AUGAGUAUGUUAGAGAACAUUCAGAAGAGAUUACCAGCAAGACCCUUGAAAGAAUCAUUACCAGUUUCCCAAUCUUCGAACCAGCAGUCACCCGAAGGUAGUUUAAGAAGAAGACUUUCAUUUGGAAUAAUUCCGUCUGAUAUUUCAACUCAGGCAAGUACAUGGGCGAUUCGUAGAACAAAAUCAAUGUCUUCAUUCGGAGAAACUACAGGAAGUUCGAUUAAGAAAUGGUGGGAUUUGAGUUGGGCUUGGAUCUUGUCAAGAAAACCUACAUUUGCUAGAGAUUUGGAAAUGGAUGAUGAGGAAUCAUCUAUGUUAGGGUUUCAUAAGAAAGGAACUUUACAUCAUGUUUUUUACAAAAUCAGAUUUGAAUUCAGGAAACUCGUGAAUUCGAGAACUGGGCGUGAUCAAGGUUUUAAGUAUGAUUCUCAGAGUUAUGCUCAGAAUUUUGAUGAUGGUGUUGGGAAGAAUAUGUAUCAAAGUUAA